AUGUCAUGCGAUGAUGCCGCGCCAACAGUUUCUCUCUUACCAUCAUGUAUUAAAAUGACGCAUAAUCAAUUCUCUUUAGUGACUUCAAUAUUCAAUCUUGGUGGAUUGUUUGGUUCAUUGUUUUUAUCAAGAUAUGCUGACAGCAAAGGACGAUGGUGGACUCUACUAGCGAAUACGGUCAUCCUCGGAUGUGGUGCUUUAAUUAUGGGAUUUGCAAGUACUAUUGCUGGACUAGUCAUUGGAAGAAUUGUUGUUGGAAUUGGAAGUGGUGUGGCUACUGUAGUUGUGCCAACAUAUCUGGCUGAGAUAGCUCCAACUGAGUACCGCGGUACUUUUGGCGUGAUGAAUCAGCUUGGUGUAGUCCUCGGAAUUCUCUUUUCUCAGGUAUUGGGACUCUACUUCUCGACGAUACCGGGAUGGAGGAUAAUCCUUCUCGCUGGAUCGGCAACUGCCGUAGUCCAAGCCAUUCUUUUGAAUUUUAUUGUAGAAUCACCUAAAUACCUCGCAUCUAGCCCGGGCAGGUACAGCGAUGCGAAGAAGGCUUUGCAAAGGUUAAGGGGAACCGUAGAUGUUGACGAUGAAUUACGAGCGUGGACACUUUCCACUAACGAGGAAGUAUUAGAAGGACUGAUUGAGGAUACUGGAGUAGAAAUGACGGAAGAGACCGAAGAAGGGACGUCUGGGAAUGUGUUCUAUGCCAAGGAUACCAAUGAAGUUGAUGUUUGGAAAUUCAUCAAAUCGGCUCACUACCGACCAGCGUUGAUUGUCAUUCUAAUCGCUCAGAUUACCCAACAAUUAUCUGGAAUUAAUGCAGUUAUUUAUUACUCUGCAACUAUCCUAUCUAAAAUUCUGCCUACUUCGAAUAAUAUGAUUACAGUAUUUAUCAGUAUUGUAAAUACUAUAAUGACUGUAAUUUCUGCCGGCUUAAUAGACAAGGCGGGUAGAAGGAAGCUAUUACUCUUAUCAAUUUCAUCGAUGUCAAUAACAAGUGCACUCCUGGCUUUAGGAAUCACGUGUAAUAUUGGUAUACUCUCUGCCAUUUCUAUUAUAGCUUAUGUUGCCACUUUCGCAAUUGGAUUGGGUCCCAUUCCAUUUCUCAUCACUCCUGAAGUAGUGGAUACACGUGCUGUUGCCACCGCUGGAGGAUUAGGUCUUGCUGUGAACUGGAUCAUGAACUUCAUAGUAGCUGCUGCGUUCUUAGAGAUAAGAGAGUUUGUUGGAGGAAAUGUGUUUUACAUAUUUGCAGCAUAUCUUGUGCUUGCUUACCUAUUGGUUAAAAGAUAUGUACCUGAGACUAAAGGAAAGACUGUGGAAGAAGCAUGGCAAGCAUGGAAAACAUCCGAUUAG